AUGAGAAAUCCAUUCUCGAAACACAGAGUAAAGAAGUUUGAUCUAUCUAGCCUAGAUUGGAUUGAUGAGAUUCCAGAUUGCCCUGUAUUUUCUCCAUCAACCCAGGAGUUUGAGGAUCCUAUGGUUUAUCUCAGCAAAAUUGCCCCUGUGGCUGCAAAAUAUGGUAUAUGCAAGAUCAUUUCACCGAUCUCUGCUUCGGUACCUGCGGGCACUGUGCUAAUGAAGGAAUUAGGUGGGCUUAAGUUUACGACCAGAGUUCAGCCUCUCCGUCUUGCUGAAUGGUCCAAGGAUGACAAGUUUGCCUUCUUCAUGAGUGGAAGAAAGUACACAUUUCGGGAGUUCGAGAAGAUGGCAAAUAAAGAAUUUGUACGAAGAUACUCCAGUGCUGCUUGUCUUCCAUCAAGGUAUAUGGAAGAGGAGUUUUGGCAUGAAAUAGCUUUUGGCAAGAUGGAGUCUGUCGAGUAUGCAUGUGAUAUCGAUGGUAGUGCAUUUUCUUCUUCUUCUAAUGACCAGCUUGGGAGAAGCAAAUGGAACUUGAAGAGAUUCUCACGGUUGCCGAACUCUACACUACGUCUUCUCAGAGCUGCAGUUCCAGGAAUAACAGAUCCAAUGCUGUAUAUUGGGAUGCUCUUUAGUAUGUUUGCCUGGCAUGUGGAAGAUCAUUACCUGUACAGUAUUAACUAUCACCACUGUGGAGCCUCAAAAACAUGGUACGGUAUUCCAGGAAGUGCUGCUUCUGAUUUUGAGAAAGUGGUACGUGAGCAUGUAUAUGAUCACGAAAUUUUAUCAGGUGAAGGGGAAAGUGCAGCAUUUGAUGUUCUUUUGGGGAAGACUACAAUCUUCCCACCUAAUAUUUUGCUGGAUCAUCAUGUUCCAGUCUAUAGAGCCGUACAGAAACCUGGAGAGUUUGUUGUAACAUUUCCCCGAGCUUAUCAUUCUGGUUUCAGCCAUGGUUUCAAUUGUGGCGAGGCAGUAAAUUUUGCUACAAGCGAAUGGUUUCCUCUAGGAGCAGUUGCUAGUCAACGUUAUGCACUUCUGAAGAGGAUACCAGUAUUACCUUAUGAGGAGCUUCUUUGUAAAGAAACAACAUUUUUUACUAAUGAGUUUUCCAUGUCUGAUCACGGAGAUGUAGCAUUAACUGGAGACACACAUAUACAGAGCUCUAUGAAGGCCCCCUUUGUGCAGUUGAUGCGGUUCCAACACCGUGUUCGUUGGUCACUUGCGAAAAUGGGUGCUCGUACACGCUAUAAAGCAGACAUUGACGCCACAGUUCUCUGUGGAAUAUGCAAACGUGACUGCUAUAUAGCUCACAUUAUGUGUAACUGCAGAGCCGAUGCAAUUUGCCUUUGUCAUGAGGAAGAAAUUAGGAAGUGCUCUUGCAACUGUGAUCGUGUUAUUUUUGUGAGGAAAGACAUCUUUGAACUGGAGGAACUAUCAAAGAAGUUUGAGAAAAUUGGGGAGUGUACUAGUUCUAACCGAAGAACAUUCUCUAGCUUAUGUCCAGAGAAUGGAAUGAUUAAUGUUUAUCCUUUAUGCACUGAUCAAGCAUUGGCUGCUCAGGAUACUGAUGAUUCUGACUGUGAGGUAUUUAGAGUUAAGAGGCGAACUGGCAUAAUUCCAGAGAAAAGAUGUUCAGAAGAUGUAACAGUAAAUUUAACUGAGAAUCAGGCUUUAAGACGGUUAAAGAAAGCCAGCUCAGAUGACAGACAAGAGAAGAACACAACAGAAGUAUCCUGUGGUACAAGAAGUGGCAAUCUGGGUGCUGAAUCGCAUUGUCUUGACUCCAUUUCUGGAAAUACAGAUAACUUCAUCAAUCGAAGCAAACUAAAAAUGAGGAUAGAUCAGCUAGAUGCAAAAAUUGUGCAAGACGAAGUUGCUUUCAGCCAGAAAUCUAUCGGUUGCAGUUACCUAUCUCCAUCUGUAGAUCUUGGGCCAAAACGCUUGAAAAUUCGUGGCCCAUCCUUCCCAAGCACUGUUUCUGAAGUGGAAAUAUCUUAUAGGUUCCAGGAGGACAGUGACUUGGCUAGUCAGCACACUCAAUGA